AUGGCAGAACGACGCUUCAAGUGCCUGGAAAAGCGUUUAGCUAAGGACUCGGUGCUUUACGACAGUGUACGACGGCAAAUAGCGGAUUUCCAGACCAAGGGUUACAUACAUGAGGCUACAGUGAAGGAAGUCGAAGGAUUCGACCUGCGGCGCACAUGGUUCUUGCCGAUUGGAGUCGUUGUGAAUGAAAAAAAGCCAGGAAAAGUUCGAGUGAUCUGGGACGCAGCGGCGAAGAUUGAUGGCGUAUCAUUGAACAGCAUGUUGCUCAAGGGUCCUGAUCUGCUGACACCGUUAUUGUCUGUAAUGUUCCCAUAUCGAGAGCGUCAAGUUGCCGUAUCAGCAGACAUCAAAGAAAUGUUUCUGCAAAUUUCGAUUCGUCAAGAAGAUCGCAGCGCACUAUUAUUUCCCUAUAGAGAUUCUCCGGAGCAUCCAAUGAGUACCAUGGUCUCUGACGUGGCAAUAUUUGGAGCGGCAUGCUCUCCGGCGCACUCGCAGUACAUCAAGAAUUUGAAUGCAGCUGAACAAGAAGCUGAGCUUCCACGCGGAGCUGAAGCAGUCAGGAAGAGACACUAUGUGGACGACUAUGUAGACAGUUUCGAUACGGUGAAGGAAGCGGUUGAAGUAGCGAAGGAAGUGAUCGAGGUGCACCGACGAGCAGGAUUCCAUAUUCGUAACUGGAUGUCGAGUGACGGAAAAGUCCUAGACAGUCUAGGUGAAGUAAAUCCAGAAUCGAUUAAAGCCAUGCUGUCGGAUAAAGAGAUUGGAUUCGACCGAGUGUUGGGGAUGGCGUGGAUUCAAAAGGAGGAUGAGUUCACGUUUUCACUGCAGUUCGACGAGAAAGUACGUGAUCAACUAGACAUUUUGGCGUUUCCUACGAAAAGGGAAAUGCUUCGGUUGGUCAUGAGCAUUUACGACCCUCUAGGUUUGGUAGCGGCGAUUGUAAUUCAUGGAAAAAUCCUUAUACAAGAUGUGUGGCGAAGCAAGACAGAAUGGGAUAACGAGAUUCCAGAGGACAUAGGCGAGCGUUGGAAAGAUUGGAUAAUAGUUUUAAAGAAGAUAUGUGAAUUGCGUAUACCUCGGUGCUAUUUUCCGGGAUACGAUCCACAAAGCUUCAAGACACUGGAGCUACAUGUGUUUGUCGAUGCAAGCGCUCAGGCAUUCGCAGCGGUGGCAUAUUUCCGUAUCUUGGACCGAGGAGAGGUCAGAGUAGCACUUGUUUCGUCGAAAACGAAGGUGGCUCCACUUCGCAUUGUCUCUAUUCCACGAUUAGAACUGAUGGCGGCAUUGUUAGGAGCUCGCUUACGAAGAACGAUAGAGGAAAAUCACACUUUGAAGAUUCAGAAGACGUACUUCUGGAGCGACUCAUCAACGGUGUGUUCGUGGAUAGCGUCGGAUACCCGUCGAUAUCGGCAGUUUGUCGCCUUCAGAGUUGACGAAAUAUUGAGCCUCACAAAGAUAGAGGAAUGGCAGUGGAUUUCUACGAAGAUCAACGUUGCAGAUGAAGCUACAAAGUGGGGAAAAGGUCCAUCAUGUAAUGUUGACAGCCGCUGGUUUCAUGGUCCGGAAUUUCUCUACGGCAGCGAAACUAAUUGUUCGAUGAAUCCGGAAGAAGAUAAGGAUGAAAGUGACACUGAAUUACGUGAAGCCUACAUAUUUAGCCAUCAUAUCAAACAACCAAUAGUGAACGUUACAAGAUUUUCACGGUUCGAGAGAAUGUUGCGUUCCGUGGCAUAUGUUCAUCAUUUCGUGGACAGUUUGAGAAACUCAAAGUAUAGUCGUUCUACAGAUAAAAUCGGAGUGACCUGUGCGGAAAUCCAAAAAGCCGAGAGAACGCUGUGGACGAUGGUUCAAUCCGAAGUGUUUCCUGAAGAAGUUGCGGUUCUCAAGCAGAACUUGAAUCGAAGCAGUGAUCAACAGAAGCAAAUAGAGACCUCAAGUUGUCUGGUAAAGCAGUCACCAUUUGCCGACGAAUAUGGGGUGUUGCGGGUAGGCAGCAGAGCUUCUGCCGCACAUGUACUAGUAUACGAUGCAAAGUACCCUAUUAUCCUGCCAAGAAGCCAUCGUUUAACUGAACUGCUAUUGGACUUCUAUCAUCGGAAAUACGGCCAUGCUAAUGAUGAAACGGUAGUUAAUGAAGUGCGCCAGAAAUUCCACGUACCUCGGCUGCGAGUGGAAGUUCGACUUACAAGAAAACGCUGCAUGUGGUGCCGCGUGUACAAGUCUGUACCUGUUCCUCCAAAAAUGGGUCCGCUUCCAGCGCACAGUGUUGCUUUUUGCCGAUUUCGUGCGCUUUUUUAA